UACCAGGCAGACGGAUGAAUGAUCAACAAAACGAGACUGGUCUGCAAAGUUUUUGUGUGCAUUUUUCAAAUGGUCUGCUUUUCAAAUGUUUGACGAUCGUACGAGAUAUUUGAAUGUUUACGGGAACCAAUUAAAAGUUACUUAUAAUCAUGGGACUAUUUUUGAAGAGUAUGUAAUCGAUAGCCAACCAUUCCUUUUUGAGAGAUGGCUGUCUUGCACAGUGUUUUUAACAGCUAUAUUUCUUCAUCUUGGUUUACAUCAUCAUCACACACACAUCCUGGCAUUGCUUUGCUUUGUUUUAGCUAUUUUAGCCUUGAUUAAACUUCAUACAAAAGUGAAAAAAGAAUCAUUGCUCAUUGUGAAAACAGUUGGCUUGCAGAUUACCACCAUAUUUGCAACUGGGAGGAAAUCUGCAAAGUUCAUUUCAUGGGAAAGAAUACAGGGAGUUGUUAUUAAUGAAACUAUAACAAUGCAUCAGGUUUUGUUUUAUUUAGCAAUUUUACUCAAGUAUGGACAUGGAACAGAAAUUCUUCCCAUAUUUCAGCAUACACUUCCUAGACUGGAUUGCCUGAAAAAUAUUUAUAAAAGCAUUCACCAAAUAGUAAACAAAGUGCAACAUGAUUGAUUGGUGUAUUGUAACUAUGCAAGAGCGCAAACAAUUGUGCCAAAAUAAAUUUUUAAAAUUGUG